AAGUUGGGGGUGGGGGAAAGGGGUGGCCGUUGAGGCGCGCGCGCGCUCGCGCCGGGCUCGGGCUGUCGGCAUCUCCCCUCCCCUCAGUCCCGUUCGGCAGCCGCGGCGGCAGCAGCCUGGGUAGCGGUGCCGCGUCCUCCUUCUCCCCCCGGGGCACGAUGCAGUUUAUGUUGCUUUUUAGUCGCCAGGGGAAGCUGAGACUCCAGAAGUGGUAUGUCCCAUUAUCUGACAAAGAAAAGAAGAAAAUCACAAGGGAACUUGUUCAAACAGUAUUAGCCCGCAAACCGAAAAUGUGCAGCUUCCUGGAAUGGAGAGACCUGAAGAUUGUCUACAAAAGAUACGCAAGCCUCUAUUUCUGCUGUGCUAUUGAAGAUCAGGACAAUGAAUUAAUAACUCUGGAAAUAAUUCAUCGCUAUGUAGAACUUCUUGACAAGUAUUUUGGCAGUGUAUGUGAACUUGAUAUCAUCUUCAAUUUUGAAAAAGCGUAUUUCAUUCUGGAUGAGUUCCUUUUAGGAGGGGAAGUUCAGGAGACUUCCAAGAAAAAUGUUCUCAAAGCCAUUGAGCAGGCAGAUCUUUUACAGGAGAGCCAGAAUGAAGACUGGGGAGGUUUGUCUGAGGAUAUCUUAUGAUAAAGAGCAAUCUAAGGCAUUAGCCCUUUUGACCCCCAUCUAAAUGAUUGGAAGCAGAGACCCCACGUAGUGUACUUGAAGAAAUUGGAUUGACAUAAAUCUUCACUUCAGCUGAUGACAUCUGUGUUUCAUACUGUAAAUGUUCACUGCCUUCAUUGUAAUGUUUAGCUAAUGGUGUAAGAUGCUGUUUGUCAGUAUUACUGUUUUGCUAAGCUGCUUUAUUCAGGCCUACAAGAAAAAUACUCCUUUGAAAAGGGAACGAGAAACUCAAGUCCAGAAAUCAUAAAUGAAAGGGAAUUAGAUUUAAAUUGACUCAGUGUCUCCCUUCACUGCAUUUAUAGGAAGAUUGCUUUUGACUUCAGUAAGUGUACUGUUUUUUAUAAGCAAACUUGACUUCAGGAAAUAAAUGUAUCAUUAUGACAUAGCAUAUCUAAAUGAAAAGAAACUACAUGGACAACUCCAAACACAAAAUGUUAUGGUGUAGAAAUUGUGUUUAUGCAACCAAAGACUUUUGUUCAUCUACAUUUUAAUCACCACUUGUGAUAACUCUGCUUAUUUCAGUUGAUGCAUAAAGAUUGGAAAUACCUGUUUACUACUGAAUUUGUCAUUAUACCAAAGAAUCCUGUUAGGAUCUGCAUAUCAAACUGGUAAAAACUGUUAAGGUGAUACUGCUUUUUUGCAAGAAAACUGCAAACUGAUCAACUCACUAGAAAUGAAGGUGUAUUUAAGUGUAGCUACCUUGAGCAAAACUGUGCAAGUUACUAUACUAAAAAGGGAAUGCAUGUAGUGAAAAAAAAAAAUCCAAAUAGGGAAACUGUUUAUAGAUCUGAUACUAGCAAGGAAGGAGGUAGGCUUUCUGGCUGUAGAGAGAAGUGCAGAAUGAAAAUUGGUUACUUCUGAAGAUGGGAAAGAAGGAGCUUUACAAAAGGGACUUUAUAUGUUCUUUCAAACUCUACAAAUUAAUUUGUAUUUAUUGGUGUUUUAUAGUUAUGCUUUAAUGGGUGUAUAGGUACCUUAAAAUCCCAACACACUAAAUGUCAGUGUUUAUUUUACCUGCUUUUCUUGACUUACACCUUUAAUGUGUGAUACAUCCCUUAGGAAACUCCUGUGUGAUGUAUAGUUGAACCAACUAAUUUGCAGUGAGAGCAAAUAAUGUAAAGCGAUACCAAGUCAUAUUUUGACACUUGUAGCAGACUUUCAGUAAUUAGAAACUAAACCUGUUUCACUUGAGGAAAUUCAAUUCAUGUAUGCUUUUUGAGUUUUGAGGAGGUAGUGCCACACCUUGGAGUAGCCAAGUUCUGCUGUGUGUCUGCACUGUCCCUGAGAAAGCAGGGCUCUCCCUGCAAGGGACCCAGCAAUGGACUCCAGGGAUCAUUUUGUUCACUGUAGUAGUGCCAUAUUUUCACAAAAAUUGUUGCUGGAAGCAGGGGUGCACUGCUAGCAUAAGUGUUUACAGCUGGAGAGUUAGGCUGUAGGCUUGAUGCAAUCCAGGUGAAAUUGAACCCACCAGGAGAGGCUCGGCAUCCACUUGCAAGCCCCCUGAUGUAGACACCAGUAUAAGUGCUUGUGGCAGCAGAGGGCCCAGCUGGGCAGGCAUGGGUCUGUGAGAAUUUGUGUACUUACACCUUUUCUGGGAUUUCAACAUAGCCGAUUGCUAGAGACUGUUUUUCCCUUAGGACACACAAUAGCAGUGGUGUGCAUGUCCCCAGUGCACAACAUGCAGGGAUAGGUGAGGUUAAAGUGGCAGCAGAAUGACCCUGUAUGCCAGAUUGAAGUGGUAAAAUUACCUUAAGUCAAACCUGAAGCAAUUUUAUAUGUAUUGAAACAUGUUUUUAAAGUUUACACUGUCACUUGUUUGUGCUUGGCUGGAUUAAGCUUUGUUGUGAUUGUGAUGAAUAAACUGUUUGACCCGUCUGUCACAUUGGUUUAAUUGUAAUAAAUGUUCAUUUUUACACCGUU